UUUUCGCUCUUCACUAUUUACUCUCUCUCUCUCUCUUUCCACUGAGAUAUACUUUUAUAUAUAGAGAACAUUUCUGUUCUUCACUUGUUUCUCUUCUUUUGCUUUUCUUCUCCAUUCCCUAACAAAAGUUAGUUAAUUUGUUUUGUAACCGCUAUUUUCUGUGAAUGAGAAAAAUCCCAAUCACAAAAAGGAACGAAACAAGGGUUAGAGUGUUUGAUUCUCUUCAAUAUUCUUUAAUUGCUUGUAAUAAUGGAGCUUUUGGUGGGUCCUGCUUUCACCAUCGAGGUUCCUUCUUCUCCGCCUCACGCCACGGCGGAAUACGACGCCGACCGACCGACGAUUAGUAACGCCGGUACCACCGGCGAAAUCGAACGCGACGGUACAAAGUCAAACUCCUUCUUCGAUGAAGGUUCGGGCUUCCGUGCCGGAGGAAAGGCCGGUUUGUUCGCCGGCGAUUCUUCGGAGAGCUCGUCGUCGAUCGGAACCCCCGACGACAGCGACAUCGAAAACGACGUCGUUUCACCUAUAAAAGAAGAUGACGAAGAUGAAGAAGUUCAAAGCAAGUUGAAUGGUUUGAACUCUUUGGAUUCUCUAGAAGAUUCUCUUCCCAUCAAGAGGGGAUUAUCGAACCAUUUUAGUGGAAAAUCAAAAUCUUUUACGGAUCUGUCACAAGUGAACACUGUGAAGGAUCUUAAGAAGCAAGAGAAUCCAUUCAACAAGAGAAGGAGGGUUUUAAUGGCGUCAAAAUGGUCAAGGAGAUCCUCUUUCUACACGUGGUCAAACCCACAGUCUAUGCCGCUUUUGCCCCUCGACGAGGAUUCCGAUGAAGCCGCACAAGAACAAGAAGGCGACGAGGACGAGGAAGAUGAGAAGGGUAGAAAGGUCUUUUCAUCUCCUUCGUCUUCUGCAAGAGAUGAAGUGUUGAGUGUGAGACAGCAGCAGCAGAACAGAGUGCCUCCCCAGUCUUAUGCUGCUCAUAUGAGGCUUAGGUUAGGGAGCUUCAAAUCUAGGAGCCUUUCUCUUGCAGAUCUGCAAGAACAUGAUGAAGAAGAAGAAGAACAUGAUAAUGAUAAUGAUGAUCAUCAUGAUCAUCAUCAAUUAACAUAGCUUUUGUUUUCAUUUUUUUAAUUGUUGCUUGUAUUGUAUUCUUAGAUGUGGCUUUGUUAGUUGUUCGUAAAUAAAUUAAUUAGUAUUAUUAAUUUAUCA